GCCGUAUAUAAGCGCGCGGCGGCUGAUGGUGCGGAGGGAUCUGAUCCGGACUACACCCAGCCGCCGCCUCACCGCCCUGGCUUUCUUUGCUGCCCCAGUCUUCGCGUUGGUCAACGUCGGAGUGUGGGUUCGAUUGGAGACUCUAAAUUCUUCUUUAGGCACCUCUUUCCUCCCUCUUGGCCGUCUCUUUUUUUGCCAGACAUACAUUCAAAGCUUCAGUCUUUAAAAAAAAAAAAAAAAUAUAUAUAUAAAAGCUUCAAUUUCUUGAGUAUGUCUUGGCAAAGCUACGUGGAGAACCUGAUGGCCGAUGGCAGCUGUCAGGAUAGCGCCAUUGUUGGUUAUACUGACGCUAAAUAUGUUUGGGCAGCGCAUCCCGGCGGUAUUUUCAACAACGUUACGGUUCAUGAAAUUGACGUCCUCGUUGGUAAGGACCGGGAGACUUUUUACACCAACGGUCUCACUCUGGGCUCAAAGAAGUGUUCCGUCCUUAGAGACAGCCUUCAGGAUGACGGGGACUGGACGAUGGACAUCAGGACAAAGAGCCAGGGAGGAGAGCCUACAUACAAUAUUUCUGUAGGAAGAGCUGGAAAAGUUUUGGUUCUUGUAAUGGGCAAAGAAGGGGUCCAUGGAGGCGGCUUGAAUAAGAAGGCUUACUCAAUGGCAAAAUACUUGAGGGAUUCAGGGUUUUAAAGUUUUCACGGUCUCUUAUACAAUUGAGGGACAAGAAGAGAAAAUGAGUAUUGCUGUUAAAGAUUUCUCCUACAAGCAGUCAAAUGUCUUGGAAACUUUUAAUAGCAAUGAAGAGUGGUAAGAUGCAGUCACCUUUUUUGUUUUCCCCCCUCACCCAUUUCAUCCUGCGCGGGAGUGGGGGAACGCUCUUCAGUUUUGUUCAUUGCUCUUUAUUUUAUUUUAUUUUUCCCCCCCUUGUGUGCUCCAGUAUUGGUUUUAGUCAUGGGAAAGGAGGCGGUCCAUGGUGGAACUCUUAACAAGAAAGCACAUGGAAUGACUGAUUACCUGAGGAAGUCUGGAUACUAAGCAACCGCAUCACCGUUCAUCAUCCAAGCGGCCCACGCCCCUCACAACGUUGUGCUCACACUACAGCUGGGAUAAGGUGGUACACAGUAUUACUGCUUACCCAGUCUGCUUUCAUACUCUGCUCUCUGCUGGCCCGCUUUACCAGUGUGCUUCUCAUGGUUUUGACACUACAGUUAUAGUAUGUACAUUGAGAUGUUUAUUAACCAGAAGUGUUAAAAAAAUAGCUAAGUUACAUAAAAACGUUAGAUUUGGACUGGCCUUAUUAAAAUCAGCUGGCUUGUAGAGGGAGAACAAGUGUAACGGUGGUUCCUGAUUGUAAUGUUUUGCCUUUUUGUCAUUAUUAGUCCAACUGGGGCGUCAGCUCCAAGCCUGGCGACACACAUUUUUCUUUCGUUUUCGUCGUCUCCCUCCCUUGUCGACUCCCUCCAAUAAGUAUGUACGCCUUUUUACCAGCAAUCAUUUUACCCUCUCCACAUGAUUUUGUUGUUGAAUGGGGUCUAAAAAGUUUGUGGUGUUUGGUUGUGAAUACAAAACGAGAUCAUUACUGAAGUUGAUCCUUUCUUGAAGCCUAAGUGGACAGUCCAUCUGACGGCUGCAACACACUAGUCAUAUGUUUUUGUUUUCUUUAAAUCGCAACGAAUCAGUCUUUUAAUUUUUCUGUCCUUCCUGUAAAUCACUUGUAAGUUCGCCCUCCGCACUUGGACCAAUUUCCAUUCAGCGGGUUCCCAGAGUUACUUCAGCUUUUUGUACACGCGCUGUUGACCGUAAAUCAUUGCGAUGGCUUCAAACGGCUGUACAACAUGCAACGGCUUCUGUAGACGUCAACACUAAAAGGUUUAAUCAUGUUUGGUUAGUCUAACUUCACUGGUUCCUGAAAUGACGGUGUCGUUUUCCAGCAGUAAACUGAGGCUGCUCCAACUCCUUGGAAUUAUUUGCCUUGUGCUUUUACUCAUCAAAGGUGUAUUCUCAAUUUGUCAUAGUAUGGUACUUUAAAAAAUAAUCUAUUUAAAACAAUGCUGUGUACACUAAACAUAUUUGAAAAUGGUGUUGGUUGGAAUAAGAACAUUUGUAAGUUGUCUUGUGAAAAUUUUCUGAGAAUAACUUGUGUAUUUUGUGCCAUAAAAAUCAAUAUCUGAUCUGUUACUACUUAGAAAUUGGAUUUGUAUCUGCUGCCCCGGCAAGGAAUGACUUUUAAUGGCACCUUCUUAAAGGAUAUUUUGGCAUCCAUGAUCUCCAGACUUUGUCAAAUAUGUCCAGGAUUGAAAAUUAAAUAAAACAUUUGCAAUA